CUAUUGGAGAAAGGCCUUAACACGUUGAGAUUUUUCAGUAUAGUGCCGUUUACGAAUCGUGUUUUAAUUAUAUACUACAAUACUGUUAUAGAUUUAAUCGAAGCAGAUACAACGUAUUAGUCUGUUUACUGUUGUCUUUGAUUAUCAAAGUCUCAAUAUAAUGAAUCAAGAUUUUUGACAAAGUAGAAAAUUUCAAUAAAGUUAUUCAUUCUGCACUUACAGAAUUGUGAACACCUUUACCAAUGAGCAAAUUGAAUUUGAACUUUGGCUGAAAAACUUAAAUCAAGAAAUUUGUCUAUAUAUGGGAUUUUUUUGGUGAUCUUCAAAAUCUAUCGACAUAUCUAAUUAUAAACGGACAGAAAUAUUUCUAUCAAGAUUCAUUAAAAGCUACUUAAUAUUUAAUAGUUUUUUAAUAAAAAGAAAAAAUGGAUUUUAUGUUUCAAGAAUUUCAAAUUGGUAAUGAUUUCAUAGAAGAAAUUGUGGGAAACGAAACAGUGCAACUGCCAAUAAUGUUAAAGGGAAUAAAUAUUCCAUUGCGUGAAAGUUUAAAAACAUUUUUAGAAAUUCCCGGUGUCUUUAAUGAAAUAAUGAAUUAUAUUAAACAAUUGCAAGAGGAAUCUACAAUUUCAACAAACAUACUUCAAGGGGAUUUUUGGAAAACUAAAUAUUUUGAAAAAUUCAAAAAUGACAUUGUUUUUCCCCUGAACAUAUUUUUCGAUAACGUAGAAGUUGGAAAUCCACUUGAAAGACAUAAAUUUACAGCUAUCUAUGCAUCAAUUGCUUGUCUUCCACCGCGUUUAAAAUCAAAAUUUCAUAGUUUUCUUUUUUCGUCUCUUAUAAAUUCAGAAAAUAUACCAAUGUGUGGCAAUAAAAAUUGUUUUCAAAUGAUAAUUGAUGAAUUGAAUCACUUAAAUGAAAAAGGAAUAUUGAUAACUGUAAAUAAUGUUGUGAUAUGUGUUAAAUUUCAAUUAUUACUGAUUCUUAGUGAUAAUUCAGAGUUGAAUGGAAUUUUAGGUUUUAACGAGUCAAAUAAAAAGGAUUAUUUUUGUAGAAUUUGCACAGUCACAUCAAAAGAGUCGAUUGAAAUGGAAGAUGAAAAAAAAUUGAGAAACAAAAACGAUUACGAAAAAGAUGUACAACAAGGUGUGAGAAAAAACGGAAUUAAAGAGGAAUGUGUAUUUAAUCAAGUUAAAGGUUUUCACGUCAUGGAAAAUAUUACAGUAGACCAUAUGCACGAUUUCUUUGAUGGUGUAUGUGCAUAUGUUAUGAGAGGUCUUCUUUUCACUUUUAUUUACGAAAAGCAAUAUUUUACUUUGCAAACUUUUAAUGAAAGAAUCGAAAAAGAUUUCAGUUCAAUUGGAAAUUAUUGUAAUAAACCACCAAAAAUUACACCACAACAUUUGUUAAAUGCUUUACCUCUUAAAAUGUCAUCAUCUAAAAUGUUAAAUCUAGUGAGAUAUUUUGGUGUAAUUGUAGGUGAUUUGAUAUCUGAAAAUGACUGUCAUUGGGAAUUGUACACUUGCUUGCGACAAAUUUUUGAUAUUUUACUUUCACCAAGAACAAUACGCUCUGAUGCAAAAAUAUUGAAAAACCUAAUAGAAAAUCAUAAUAAAUUAUACAAAAAAUUCUAUGGAAAGCUUAAACCAAAAUUUCAUUCUUUAUUUCACUAUCCAAGAUUUCUGCUGCAGUAUGGACCAAUUGUGAAUCUUUGGGGAUUACGCUUUGAAUCUUAUUAUCAGCCAAUAAAACAAAUAUCACUAUCGACAAGUUACAAUGAAAAUUUAUUGAAAACCAUUGCUACAAAGGAAACAUUAAAAAUGUGUGAAACGAUGCAUUCCAUUGAAUUUGAAAAUGAUAUAAAAUUUGGCACUAUUAAUAAUUCGAAUAAAGAAAAAUCUUAUUUUGAUGAUUGCAAAAAAAAUGAUUCAUGUCAAUACUAUAAUCAAGUUGAAAUUGAAGGUAUUCUGUACAAAAUUGGAGCAAUCUUAAUUUUAAAUAUAGAAAAAAGCGAAACAAUGUUUGGAGAUAUAUUGAAUAUAAUUUAUCUUGAUAAUGAAAUUUAUUUUUAUUUAAAUGUUUACGAAGAAAUAACUUUUGAUUUUCACCACCAUGCAUAUAUUAUCUAUCAAACUGGUGAGAAAAAAUUGAUUAAACACAAAGAUUUACCUAAAAUUGAUCCAGCUGUACUUAUCAUCAAAAAAGAAAAAUUCGUUGUUACACAAUAUGGUUUAUAGAUAUUUUUUAUUUCAUUUCAAGAAAUUUUCAACCAUAUAGUAUUAAAAAAAAAAAAGAGUUAUAUAUGUACGUGUAUGUGUAAAAUUGUAGUACAUAAAUUUAUAUUUUUUUACUUUUUCUAUAAUAAAUUUUUAAAUUUCUGAA